UUAGUUAAUUUCCAGAUAGACUGUGGGGCCACCUGCAAUAUCAUCCCUAUCGACCUACUAAACCCAGAUAUACAGUUAGAGCACACUAAGAAAGUGUUAGUGAUGUAUAACAAGACCAAGCUGACUCCUCUGGGUACAUGUAAGGUUAAAGUCAGAAACCCCAGAAACAACAAGCUAUACAGAUUAGAGUUUCAAGUGGUUAACCAGAAUAGCAGAAUCCCUUUACUGGGCAGAAAGGCCAGUGAGGCAAUGAAGUUGAUAAAAGUACAGUACGAGAACAUUUUGGCUAUAGACAGCAUAGUGAUGAAAAAGCCGAACCCAGUGACAAGAGGAGAACACGUGACCAUGGACAAAAUAAAGGAAGAGUUUGGGGAUGUGUUCACCGGAGAUGGCUGCAUGGAGGGUGAAUAUAAAAUAGAAAUAGAUGACAGAGUACCACCAGUGAAACUGCCAAAGCGCAGAGUGCCAGUAGCUAUGAUGACACCUCUACAAGAGGAACUCAAAGAUCUAGAGAGACGACAAAUAAUCGCACCGGUGGAACGCAGCACUGACUGGAUCAGUAGCAUGGUUGCAGUGAGAAAACCUAAUGGGAAGAUGAGGAUCUGUAUAGACCCAAAACCUCUGAAUCGGGCACUAAAAAGAAGUCAUUAUCCACUCCCAACUAUAGAUGACAUCCUGCCGGAGAUGUCAAAGGCAAAGGUGUUCACAGUCUGUGACGUGAAGCAAGGCUUCUGGCACGUCAAACUAGAAGAACAGUCGAGUUACCUCACAACAUUCGCCACCCCAUUUGGUCGCUUCCGUUGGCUAAGGAUGCCAAUGGGAAUCAGCCCAGCACCGGAAGUUUUCCAAAGAAAGCUCAUGCAGGCCCUGGAGGGCCUCCCAGGAGUCUUCAUCAUAGCAGAUGAUGUGUUAAUCACGGGGGAAGGGGUAACACAAGAGGAGGCAGACAAGGACCAUGACGAGAAAGUCAGAAUCUUUCUAAGCAGGUGCAGAGAGCGCAACAUCAAACUGAACGUUGACAAAUUAAAGCUCAGACAAAAAGAGGUACCCUACAUAGGUCAUCUGCUCACGGCCGAGGGACUGAGGAUUGACCCGGAGAAAGUACGGGCAAUCAGAGAGAUGCCAAGACCAACAGAUGUAAGAGGGGUACAAAGACUGGUUGGGAUGGUCAACUAUCUGUCUAAGUUCUAUGACCACCUCUCAGAUGACUGUGAAAUUCUGAGACAACUCACGCGCAAGGAGAACUUGUGGGAAUGGACAGAUAUCCAAGAAGGGGCAUUUCAAAGGCUGAAAGACAAAAUCGCUCAAGCACCAGUACUACAGUACUACAACAAGGAAGAGGAGUUGACACUUCAAUGUGAUGCAUCAGACACAGGACUGGGGGCAGCCCUGACACAGAAAGGCAAACCGGUAGCUUUUGGCAGUAGGGCACUCACACCAACUGAAAAAGGUUAUGCCCAAAUAGAAAAAGAAUGCUUAGCCAUCGUGUUUGGUAUGGAAAAAUUUCAUCAGUAUACUUAUGGCAGAGAGGUCACAGUACAGAGCGACCACAAGCCUCUCGAGAAUAUACACAGUAAGCCCUUACUUAGUGCACCUAAGAGACUACAGAGAAUGCUACUCAGGCUGCAGCAGUAUGAUAUUAGAGUAACCUAUGUUCCAGGCAGGGAUAUGCUACUCGCAGACACGCUGAGUAGAGCAUACUUACCAGAGAGCAUCAGAGGAGAGAGUGAGACAGAUAUAGAGACUGUAAAUAUGGUCAACUACCUACCCAUUUCAGCAGAGAGGCUGAGUGCCAUCAGGGCUGCAACAAAAGAUGACACAAAGUUGCAGAGUGUGGCAAAUAGAAUACUGUUAGGGUGGCCCAAGAGGAAACAAGACCUACCAAGUGACAUCAGACACUACCACACCUUCCAAGAGGAACUGAGCUUCCAGGAUGGCAUUGUGUUCCGAGGAGACAGAGCCGUGAUACCGGACGCACUCAGGGUGGACAUCACUCACAGGAUCCACUCCUCUCACCUGGGAGUAGAAGGAUGUCUGAGACGGGCGAGAGAAUGUGUAUACUGGCUUGGAAUGAAUGAUGAGAUCAAGAACUUCAUCUCCAAAUGCGACAUAUGUAGGUCAGUGGACCCAAAGCAACAAAGAGAGACACUACACCCACAUGACAUGGCAAGCAGACCCUGGGCCAAGGGGAUCCCAGACAUUGUUAUCUCAGAUAACGGACCCCAAUAUGCAUCACUAGAGUUUCAGCACUUCAGCCAGAAGUGGGGCUUUGAACAUAGGACAUCGUCGCCGGGAUACCCGCAGAGUAAUGGGAAGGCAGAGUCAGCGGUGAAAACAGCCAAACGCCUGAUGUUGAAGGCUGCAGCAGCGAGACAGGAUCCGUACUUGGCCAUGCUGGAUCAUCGCAACACACCGAGCCAGGGCCUCAACACAAGCCCGGCGCAGAGACUUCUAAGCAGGAGGACCAGGACCCUGCUUCCCACUAAGGACACUCUGCUGAAGCCUGAGGUAACACACAACGAACAGGGACUGAAAUACAACAGACAGAGACAGGAAAAGUACUACAACCGCACAGCAAAAGACAUGGACUCACUGGAAGGAGGGGCCAGUGUGAGAGUACAGCCCUGUGACACACACCAGGGCUGGAGACCAGCGAAAGUGGUUCAGCAGGUUAGCCAUAGAUCAUAUAAGGUGGAGUUAGAGUCAGGAGGGGUGUUGAGACGAAAUCGUCGCCACCUCAGGCACGAUCGCACCAAGUGCGCAAUUACACAAAACACACCCACACCAACAGUGACGGAGGCGGCCAUACCACCGGGUGGCCCAGUGAACCAAGAGACGGUCACCAGGUCAGGACGACGAGUUGUCAGACCCCACUACCUCAUGGACUAUUCUCAGUGAUUAGAGUAUGGUCUAUGAAAAAAAAAAAAAAAAAAAAUGGAGAAAUGGAAAUGUGUUGUUUUAUACACUUGUUACACUUGUAAUGUGUUGUUUUAUAAACUUGUUACACUUGUGGGAAAACAGAUGUUUUACACAUGUUGAGUUACUAUCGCUUAUGUUGUUAGAUCGGUUGCAAAUGUUGUUACACUUGGGGGAAAACAGAUGUUUUACGCUUGUUGAGUGAUUAUUGCUUAUGUUGAUAGAUCAAAUAAGAGAAUAACGUGAAAAAAGAAAAAGAAAGAUGUAACAAUAGGAUUGUUUAUUAAGCACUGUUGCACGGGGGACGGAUUUAGAGGUUGCACAGCAGACGGGAAUGUUCGGAUAACGUGGCUACUGCAGAGUGUAGAUGUCGGCACGCCAAUAAAGUUUAAGUAAGCAAAA